UGGCUGCGGCUGCACGCACUUCGGAAACAUUCAAUUCACGAUGGUGUCAGUCUAGAGACUGGAGGAAAGCUUGCUAGUACUGUAGGUUCAUGUUGUCAUUUUAAAACUUUGUUUUUAAUUUAUUUAUACCGCAAAAUAUAAAUUAUAGUCUUAUAUUAUUCGCCACCUAAUAACACGUUAGUUCAGCGCAAAUAUUUGACUCUCGUUUAUCGUCUCUCGGGAUCUAAACCUCAGUAGAAACUUUGCAAAGUGAGGGGAUGGACCAGGUUGCAGCGCCUCGCUGACCCAGAGAAGCCCAAGGACAGCCAGGAGAGACAAGCCCCGGCCGGCAGGGAGAGAGGUUCCUCAAUCCCCAGGGAGACAGCCUGGCCUGCAGGGGCAGGGAGAUGGGCUCAGAAGAGAGGAGUUCUGCCAUGUCUCACAAGAUCUCUUCCCCCUCACACAGCAACAGCAGCUCCUCCUCCAAACACGACAGCCGACAGGACAGUUGGGAGAUUGUAGAGGGGCUGCGUGGAGGACACAGUAAUGUCCAGGAGCCCCAGAAGCAGGAUGGAUACAUGCUGAAGAGGAGGAAGUGGCCGAUGAAGGGAUGGCACAAGAGAUACUUCUACUUGGACAAGGGCAUCCUGAAGUACGCCAAGUGUGGUGCUGACGUUGAGAAGGGGAAGUUACAUGGCUGUAUUGACGUGGGUCUCUCUGUCAUGGCCAUUAAGAAGUCGGCCCAGUGCAUUGAUCUGGAUGCAGAGGAAAACAUCUAUCACCUGAAGAUCAAGUCUCAGGAACUGUUUGAUGAAUGGGUGUCUAAGCUACGCCACCAUCGGCUGUACCGUCAGAAUGAGAUUGCCAUGUACCCCCAGGAGAAGGCUUACUACUACCCCCACUUCCCCCCUCCCGGGUCCCCCGGUGUGGCUGAUAGAACGCGGCAUGUGUCUCUAGCCAGGCAGGCGUCGGUCCAUGCUGCAGGUAGCUUCCCUGUAACCUGUACCAGCCAAUCCAAGGUGGCCGCCUGGCUGCAGUCCUCAGACGACAUGAACAAGUGCUCUAAAGACAUGUCAGUGUGUGAGUCCUACCUGUUGGAACUGAACCAUCUGCUACAGAGUAUGGAGGUCAUUCACCGCACCUACUCAGCUCCAGCUAUCAACGCACUACUGCAGGCAUCUACAUUUGACACCCCUAAAAAGGAAAAAAGGCCCCCAAGGAAAUGGCGUGGUUCUAAAAACUACGGCAAAGAAGUGAGAACAACACUGCAGGUUCCCAGUUGCAUCUCAUCUGGCUCUGUCCGUCUCCACGCCUCCAACCCCAACCUCUCUACUGCAGCCCUAGGGACUGCGAAGGCCUACCCUGAACCUCCCUAUGUGGACUCUCCUAUAGACGUAGCCAAACUACAGGAGGACUUCUGCCGCGUCGCUAACAACCUGCAUGCCACCAUGAAGUCAGCCCUGAGCGCUCUCACCUCUGAGAAGGAGAAGUUAAAACAGGUGCUGGACCACCAAGACACAUGCCCCCCUACCUCCCCAGGGAUUAUGGGUCUGAAGAACGCUCUGUCCUCGGCUAUAGCCCAGAACUCUGAACUGAGAGAGCGGCUGAGCAACAUUCACGCUGAGUCCCGCUGCGUCCCAGAACCCUCCACUGGGCUCAUAAACCUCUCUGGUUCCCUACAGGUGGGUGUGGGACAUGCAUGAUGACGUGCAUGAUGACACACCCUCCCUCCCACAUCAGCAUCAUCAGGUUUACAAAAUUCCGCUAACUUGUCAGAGGAUUCCGGAUUCCAGAGGAUUCUGGAUUUUAUGCAUAUUCCCUCCUAAUUCUAGGACUCUAAACUGUGAUUUCUGGAAAAACCUGGGAAUGUUGUGAACGUUACCAGAAUUUUACAACCCUGAUCAUCAUCAUUGGCAUUAUUAUCUAAUGAGAACAGGCUAUAUGAUUAUAAUAGCAUUUCACACAUUUUAUAAUCUGCUGGCCUUAGUCCCAAUACAACAGGUGUUGUCCCACUCACUGCUUGUUUACCCCCUCUGUAAUGAUGAGUGGUUAUCAUCACAACAUCUCCUUAGUUGUUACAGAGUAACAGGUUCAGCAGUGUGUUCUCCUCCUAACUGUUACAAUAUGGAUGCUUAGUGUUGACAGCUCCAACUCCUA